UUGGCCAUGAUCACUUCUUCUUUUCUAAUCACUGCCGUAGUUUUCACCCUGAUCACCCUGCCUUUCUGUGCUCCGGACACCUUCAAAGCUGCAGUGUAUGAACAUGCAGUCAUAUUGCCAAGUGAAACAGAAAUACCUGUUUCUCAGGAUGAUGCCUUGAUCCUCAUGAACAAGAAUAUAGACAUUCUGGAGAGAGCAAUUAAGCAAGCAGCUGGUCAGGGGGCUCAAAUCAUUGUGACUCCAGAAGAUGCGCUUUAUGGAUGGAAAUUUACCAGGGAAACCAUUUUUCCUUAUCUGGAGGAUAUCCCAGACCCUAAGGUGAACUGGAUUCCAUGUCAGGAUCCCCAGAGAUUUGGUUACACUCCAGUGCAAGCAAGACUCAGCUGCCUGGCCAAGAACAACACUAUCUAUGUUGUGGCAAAUGUUGGAGACAAAAAGCUAUGCAAUCACCGUGACUCCAAGUGUCCGUCAAAUGGCUAUUAUCAAUAUAAUACUAAUGUGGUGUACAAUUCAGAGGGAAAGCUGGUGGCACGCUACCACAAGUACCAUCUCUACUCUGAGCCUCAGUUUGAUGCCCCUGCCAAGCCGGAGUUGGUGACUUUCAAGACCACAUUUGGAACAUUUGGCAUUUUCACAUGCUUUGACAUACUCUUCCACGAUCCUGCAAUUUCUUUGGUGAAAGAUCAUCAAGUGGAUACCAUACUGUUUCCCACAGCAUGGAUGAAUGUUUUGCCCUUUUUGACAGCCAUUGAAUUCCACUCGGCUUGGGCAAUGGGAAUGAGAGUUAAUCUUCUUGCAGCCAACACACAUAAGGUCGGCCAAAACAUGACAGGGAGUGGUAUCUAUGCACCACACUCUCCUAAAGUGUACCAUUAUGACAUGAAAACAGAAUCAGGAAAGAUCCUCUUUUCGGAGGUGGAUACACAUCCCCGGAUGUCCCCAGACUACCCAGCAGCUGUGAAUUGGAAUGCCUAUGCCAAGACCAUCAAACCAUUCCCAGUACAGAAAACAACUUUUGGGGGAUUUGUUUCCCGGGAUGAGUUCAACUUCACAGAACUUUUUAAAAAUUCAGGAAAUCUUACAGUCUGUCAGAAAGAGUUAUGCUGUCAUCUAAGCUACAGAAUGGUAGAAAAAAAAGAGAAUGAAUCAUACGUUCUGGGAGCUUUUACAGGACUUCACGGCCGGAGGCAAAGAGAAUACUGGCAGGUGUGUACAAUGCUGAAGUGCAAAACUGCUGAUUUGAAAACUUGUGGACAGGCAGUAGAAACUGCUGCUACAAGAUUUGAAAUGUUCUCCCUUAGUGGUACAUUUGGAACAGAGUAUGUUUUUCCUGAAGUUCUGCUUUCUGAAAUUAACCUGUCACCUGGAAAAUUUGAGGUGCUGAAAGAUGGGCGUUUGAUAAACAAGAAUGGACCUUCUGAGCCCAUCUUAACAGUGUCACUGUUUGGCAGGUGGUACACAAAGGAUGCAGUUCACAACUCAUGUCCAACCAACAAUUCAGCUGUAACUUACCUGCUGAUAUCUACAUUACUAAUGAUUUACAAAAUAUUGUAAUGAUAAAAGGAAAUCUCUGUCAUUUUAAAUGUAUUUAUCAGGUUCCCAAGUGAAACUUUGGCUAUUUAAAGUAGUAUAAAUGAAAGAUUUCUAUUUUUUUCCCAUUAAGGAUUAUUUUUAAGUAUUGUAAUUUUCUUUCUUUUCAUUGUUUCCCCCUUUUGACUGACUAUGCUAAAAUGUUGCAGUGUGGUAUAAUGGAAAGAGUAUGGAAUUUAAGGUCAGAAAAAUGAUUAUCACACUUACUAAGCUCCAACCUGUGACCCCUAGAGUGUACUUGUGUGUGAGAAAGCGUGAAGGAUCGUUUCAGGGACAUUAUAAACAUAGCCAUGUCUUUGAAUUGAAUACGUUUCCUUUGACAUUAAAGACCUUUUGAACUCACCUAGUUUUCUGUGCUAGUGAUUAGGGGGAGAAUCUGCUUCACAAUCAGAUGGUAAUGUCAACGUUCAUCAUAACAGGGAAAAGUUAUUUUGAGAUGUUUUGGAAGAAAUGAUAGCUAUUCUGCUGGAGCAGUGGUACAUUCUGAUAAUCCCAGCAACUUGGGAGGCUGAGGCAAAUUGUAAGAUUGAGGCCAGCCUUUAACGAGACCUGUCUCAAAAUAAAAAACU